GGCCUGGGCGUCGGCAAUAUACGUCACUCCCAGCUGCUGCGUACAAAACUAAACACCAAGCACCUCUUCACUCAGAGAGAGCGGAGGUGUCUCUUACGUAAACGAAAAUAUUGAUAUAAAACAUGCAUUCUGUCACGCUGGACAGCAGCGGUUCGCCGAAGAAACGGACGUUAUCUCGGGGACUGAGCGAGGACGAGUCGCUCCGCAGUAUCAUAAAAGAGGCCGAGAUUUCAACCAGGCGUCUGACACGAAGCGACAGCCGAGCGGGGACCCUGAAGAGGCGGACUGACAGUCAGCAGUCCGACCAGGAGCUCUACAUGGGACUCCCAGAAAUGCUGGAGCUCCAGGCCAGCUAUGAAGAGGUGGUGCAGGAGCUGCGUGGGCUGGAGGUCGAGCGAGAGACUCUGUUGUUCCAGGUGGACGUCCUGCAGGACACGCUGGAGAGUGUAGAGGAGCUGCUGGCAGAGGCCCAGAGGGAAGCUGGACAGGCCAGUACGGAGUUGGAACGAGAGAGAGAGGCCAAAAAGAAAUCGGAGAGCAUGGUUUGCUCUCUGAUGCAAGAAGUGGAAAGUUUAAAAGAGGAGAGGAAUAACAAAGCAUCUGCGACAGUGGCCGCGCCGUGUGGGAGUCCCCAAAUAAAAAAUGAUACAAAGGAAUUGACCAAAAGCUCCCAGCUGUGUGAACCUCACGGUGGUGGAAGCCAAGGCCAGGCGUCAGACAAAGGAGGACAGAAGGAAAGGGCAGAGGACGAGGAAUGCGUCCUGACGAAGGUGCAGAAGGUGGUCACCAAGCCGCUGAACCAGUUGCCGUCUCUUGCGGUGGAUUACCCAUCAAGUGAGGACGGCGUCCUACGGAGGCCUUAUGAAAAUGGUGUCGCGAGUGGACGAGAUCCCUCUCCCGACAGGAACGACUCAGACAGCAUAAGUGCCUACGAGGAUGCUUCUGCUGAGACUCCAGAGCAGGACAGGAGGUUUCCGGAUGAAUUGGACAAUUCGGAGCUGCCUGAUGAUUCCAAAAAAUGUUCUACUAAAAGCUGCCUGGUCGAUGACGAGAAAACCAAAGACCCAGAUAGCUGUGUAGUGUCUUAAUGUGUUCAACCUACUACUGGACGACAGGCCGAAGGUGAUUGAUUGAUUAUUGGUAAUUUGGUAUGAUUCAAGAGCUCUUUGAUCUGAUAACGAUGUUCUUAAAAAACUUUGAGGCCAACAAUAAAACGUCCCUUUAGGCUCUGGGUAAUGAUAAUUUUACACUAGGUUUUACAAUUGUUUUUAACAAAAUAAUGAAUUAUCCCUCAGCUUACUGUAUAAUUAGUUAUAAUUUUAUACUGUUAUACACUAUAUACAUAAUACUAUUUUACAAUUCUAUAUUUCAGUUUUAAAUACCAGACAAAGAAACUCAGGAUCCAUUUGUUAACAAGCUGAAAUUCAACUAAUGAUUACUUACUAUUAUUUGCCAAUAAUUUCUUUUUAUCUUUGUCAUAUUUUUUGUAAUUGGUGGAUCGGACUAUAGUUCGUGCUGCUUUGUCUGUUUGCCUCUUUUGUUAAGGUUUGUUUGUAUACUAGCCGCUGCCAGGUCAUUCGUCGAGAUGACAAAACAGUGAGCUCUGUAAUUAUAUUUAAUGGGAACGGUUACUGUUUUUGGCUUCUAUAACGUCAGAAAUGCAGGAAUUUGUAUAAGCAGCAGUUGCAGAGCCUGCUGGAGGAUCGUUUUGAACAGGGUCAGCAUCAGGAAGUUAAGGAUGUUUAAAAUAUUUUAAAUUACAGAUUUCUUUUUUUAAUUAAGGGAAAAUGCUAUUUAUGUGCUCCCUUGCUGAUCUUUAAAAGAAGAUUCACUUUUGUAACUUUCUAUUCACGUCCCCUUUUCCUGUUUUUAUGUUGUUAGGAUAUUUAGGGAAAUAGAUUUGGCUGCAUUUGCACUUUUUUUGUAUUGUGGCAUAACAUUGUCCAACUUCAUUAGAAACGAUAUUCCUUUGACAACCAAACGCGUCAGCGAGAAGUAACGAGCGGCCCUGCUGCAGGCUUCUUCUCUGUCUGUGAUGCUGUAUGUUUGCAGUGAAAUUGGCUAAAAGUAGUCUUUCAUCUUCUGCGAUAGCCACAAACCCUUUUUAUUUAAUUAGAAUCUUUUGUUUGUUUUUUACUGAGAUUUCCUUCUUGCUCGAUGCUGGUAUGGGCCCUUCCACCUCACGCACCUGAGGAGAAUGAUUAUUAUUUCCAAAUUCCACAUGAAUUGAUGUUUCUGUAAUCAUUACUUUAGCACACAGUUAACGUUUAUAUGAAAAAAUCCGAUACGGUAUUUACUUUGAAGAUGGGGAUUUCAAAGGGAUUUCCUUUCUUUGUUCGAUAAUGUAUCAAUCUGUUCAGUUAUUUUAUGGUGUCUCUUUAGCAAAAUCAGUUUUGAUUGAACAAAUCAUGUGACGGUAAUUUAGCCUCUAAUUCUGUUACACAUAAAAACAAAGCAAUAUCAAUACACUGACAUAUAGAUACAAUAUUGCUGCAUUUAGCUGCUUUUGUUGUUGGUUAAUGUCUGUAUCUACUUAUUUGCCUUUUGCGUUACUUUGUUACAUUUCAACAUACGGCUGGUUCACCUGCUUGUAUCUGAUUAUCUGUUGUGUUGGCUGCCAUGACACACAAAGCCUUUGACACCAACUGCCCAGAUUACGUGCUGCUUGUUCCACGUGAGUGAGUGAGAGUGAUUGUGUGCUGUCGUCAGGUCUUGACCUGUCGUCAGGCCAGUUGCAACAAAUGGUCAGACUUUUUUUUUACAUGACCAGCCACAAUCAUUGAUUGUUUGUCUUAUCUAUGAUUCAAUUUAUAUACCUUGUGCUUUCCUGUCAGGUCAAAGGAUUUGGUUUGUUGUAACAAACCAGUAGAGUUACGUAAGUCUGACUUUGAACACAUUUUUAGAAUUCCAUCGCUGUAGCUGUUUUGAAGUUUGAACGCAGCGGUGGAGUUAUUCAUCAAUUCAUCAAAUUGGUUGUGUUUUUAAUAUUCUUUACUGCAAAUGUUCUUACUAAGUUUGUCUUUUAUGGGUCUACGUCAUUUCUAUGACAUUUACUUAGUAUGAAUGGUUCAGAUGGAACAGUCAGUUACAUUCAUUUUUACUUAUAACAGAAAAUACAUUCCAGACAUAUCAAAAUAAAAACAGUGAAUAGUG